GUCAGAGGUCACGCUUAGAGCGGCACGCAAGGGAAGUACAUAAAUCAUGAGCAAUUGGGGUCAACCCUUUGGCUAUGCCGACGGUAGCGGUGAUGAAGAUGAGGAUGGUGAGGGUGGGUACCAGCAAACCUACACUAACAAAGACAGUCUAAUCUUCCUGGUAGACUGUGGGGAACCAAUGACCAAGAAGAGCGUACCCGGGGAAGACAGCCAUUUCCAGCUUUGCAUGAGGUGUGCACGUAGCGUGUUAACCAAUAAGAUCAUUAGUAGCGACAAGGAUCUGCUCGGAGUAGUCUUCUUCGGCACGGAUAAGAAACAAAACAGCGGCAACUUCGAGCAUGUCUACGUUCUACAGGAUCUUGACCAACCAAGUGCAGCCAGAAUCCUCGAACUUGAAACGUUAUUGGAGGAUGGUUUUGAUUUUGAGGCGGCGUAUGGACAUAACUCGGGGUACUCACUCAGUGACGCUCUGUGGACCUGCUCAAACAUGUUUUCUCAAAGCACACAGAAGAUUGGCCAUAAGAGAGUUCUUCUGUUCACAAACAAUGACGACCCUCACCCCAACAACUUGGCCACCCAACGCCAAGCCAAGACAAAAGCCAAAGAUCUUCACGAGAUCGGAAUUGAUGUUGAGCUGAUGCAUCUCACACAGCCCGGCAAAGAGUUUGACCUCUCAAAAUUCUAUCAGGAUAUAGUAUUUUCUCCAGACGAUGAAGACCUCGGGGUACUUCCAGACCCAGCGGAGAAGUUUGAGGAGCUGCUGAUUAGGGUUAGAGCAAAGGAUCACAAGAAACGCUCCUUGGGCAAGCUGGCCUUGACUCUCGGUGAAGGAUUGGAGCUUGGAGUUGGAGUGUACAACCUUGUCAGGCAACAAAACAAACCAUAUCCCGUCAAACUUUACAAGAAAACAAACGAGCAGCUAAAGCCAAAGUCACGGAUGUUCUGUGAGGACACCGGGGAAUUAUUGAUGCCAACAGACAUCACCAAGUAUCAGGUCUACGGCGGAAAGAACAUCGUCUGUGAAAAGGAAGAACUAGCAGAGAUCAAGAACUUUGGUGAAUCAGGGCUGCUCCUCAUGGGUUUUAAACCUCGCAGUGCCAUAAAGCGUCACUACUACAUGCAGCCAGCUCAGUUUCUCUUCCCCGAUGAGAACGUCGUCAGAGGAAGCACGAGUCUCUUCGCUGCUCUCCUGAAGAGAUGUCUUGCGAGGGAAGUCGUCGCCAUUUGCCGGUAUAUUCCACGGAAAAACACACCGCCUGUGUUUGUUGCACUUAUGCCGCAGGAAGAAGAACUUGACGAUCACAAUGUCCAGGUGACGCCUCCUGGAUUUCAUCUUUUGUUCCUUCCCUUCUCGGAGGAUUUCCGAAAACUCACCCUUCCGGAGCCAACUCAAGCCACCAUUGCUCAAAUCAAAAAAGCCAAGGAUGUUGUGAAGAAGCUGCAGUUCAACUUCAGGAGUGAGAACUUUGAGAACCCGGUUCUGCAGACGCAUUACCGCAACCUGGAGGCACUGGCCCUCGAUCGAGACAAACCUGAAGAAAUCACAGAUCUUACAGCGCCUAACAAUGAAAUGAUCAAGAAAAGGGCUGGAAAGGUUCUUGAGGAAUUUAAGGAGCUGGUCUUCCCGGAGGGAUAUGAACCCGGUGCUAAGCAGCGGAAGGUGGGAGGUGGUGAUCCUAAGAAGCCCAAACCCACGGUUGACGUUGAUAUGAAUCAAUAUGCACAAGAUGGAAAGCUUGCAAAGCUGACUGUUGCUGUCUUGAAGGAGUUUUGUACAAAGAAUGGCCUAGCCUCCGCUGGCAAGAAGAACGACCUCGUAGAGACCGUCAAGAACUUCUUUGGGGUCUGACCUUGAAUCAAUCAAAUCAUUGAAGUCGUAAAUUUUUAUAGAUACUUUUUUUUACUUCUGUAAAAGAUCAAACACGUAGACAAACUAAUAGUAAUAUUUGCAAAGUUUUAAAGGCACUGACACCUUUGAUAAUUGUCAAAGACCAGUCUACUCACUUGGUGCAUCUCAACAUGCA